AUGCCUGUCGAUCUCCCCGCGACCAACUGGCUAGGCUACAGCCUUGACAUGACUACUGUCACACCUAGCGACAUCACUGCAGUGGCGGCAUCAGUCAAGAGGGCACUACAAGUCAUCGAUGUUGAUACAUUUGAAGGGACUCGCGUCGUCGAAAUUGGUAUGGCAGGCCUGAACGGCAUGGCAGAUGGCGUUGCAUACAAUGUUCCCAAGAACGUCGUGAUUGCAACAGACGUACAGACCUAUCAAGGUGGUUAUGUCACCUAUGAGGAUGGCAACAAGGCUAGCGCCGCCUUCAUCAACGACUCUAGCCUCUACCCGCGCUACCUAGCUGUGACUGGUACUACAACGGCCGGAUAUUCGAUCAGCAAGACAUUCCGCAGCGACUGCUACCGUCUCCCGGCUUGGCCUUCCAGCCCGGACACCACGGUUCUCAGAGACUACCGGGCGUUCUUCGACACCGUCGGCUCCCACAGCAUCAUUAAUGCCACCUACGGCGCCCGCUUUCAACUGGUAUACAACUCGAACUCGUCUGUCAAUAGCCGCUUCUCGGCAAACGUCCUCUACGCUUACAACGGCAUCCCGAACGGCGGAAAGUACGACGCAAACGUGGAACCUGAGUCGCAGUACAAGACAUAUCAAGGACUCGCACAGCGGCUCCUCUCGUGUCAAGGCGGCGACGCCGACAUGGCGAACACGUUGGUGAACAGUCCCACGGACUACAGCCUCUACGAGAAGUGGACACAGACAAACACACAGAACACAGGCGUGGUGAACUUCUCACUGACUGAGAUAUGGACGCUGAUGCGGAGCGCGGUGGACGCGACGCUCCAGGCCCGUGCGGACGACAUCCAAAAUGCAUUCAACUAUAUCGUAACACACCCGGAUCCGUACAAGACUGCGGUGACGCUCGACGUCCAGUCUGACUGGGCGGAGUUUGGAAUCCUCACUCCGAGCGCCGUCAUCAUUCCAGACCCGUCCAAACCGUAUCCUUCGAACACGACCACAAGCGACAACAAGGUGACCUUCGGAAAGAGGCGUAGUCGUGUCAUCAAAAGGGGGAUCCUGAACUUCUUCGUCGUCAAUGACGGGUCUCCCCUCGACUUCUACAUCUCACAUGGCAGCGAUGGAGGCUCGCGGGGAAAAGGCCGGGCCUCAAUCACGAUGCAGAAUGUAUGUAUCAACGCUGCUCUGUCGCUUCACCGAGAUCUGACGGGCAUCACAGACAACGUCAACAAUACAAAAUGGUACUACCAGGCCAAGGUAUCCAAUACGCCUGCUACGUCUGGCUUUAGAUCGAGCCCCAAGGGACGCUAUGGGAUGAGUAUCAAGAUUCUCCAACAGCCAGCCGCUUGCGGCUCUUGCGUGAUCCUUCAUACUCCUUUGAUGCCUUGGAGCUACUUCGUUCUAACACGCAACACGCAAAGCGGCAGAGAUGCCGACUCGCUGCGAUCUAUGGUCGCUCCACCGUGCGACAGAGUAACAUUAGCACACAGCACGAGCGUUAGCGCAUCUCAGUCUCUUAUGGGAGCUCCCAGCCCUUCAAUCGCAGAGCCUGCACGACCUUCAAGCAUUGGUACUGGCUGCCGUGCUUCAUUUACGAUCUUCAACGCAUUCAUUUUUCACGACAACUCACGUUCGAAUCCAUACUCAAACUUUAAUCUCCACUCGACGAGCACAUCGAUCAUCAUGCGCACCUCCAUCGCCGUCCCUAUCCUCCUCGCUGCCACCUCCGUGGCGCCCGCGCUUGCAGUUCCCGUUGCAUCCGCCUCUGAUGCAGAGCUGCUCGCGCGAAUGUACGACGAUGGCCUCUUCGCUCGGGCAGAGCCAACCCCUGCCGGAAGUCAGGCCGUGAACUGGAAGAAGGUCGGCAACGUCGCGGGAAAGGUCGCCAGCGGUGUCGGCAAAGUGAUCUCCAUCCUGAAGCGCGAAGACCAGGAGCUGCUUGCCCGAGUCAUCGAGGACGAGCUAUACGCGCGGGCGAUGAUCGACGAACUGGCUGCGCGUGAUGUGCCUGGUUUUCAUCCCGUGACCAAAUUCCCGACCGCUGCUGGCCUCGGCCCAGUUGUGCACCCGCCGCACUCUGUCGACAGGCAAACGUUUGCCCGCGAGCUGCCUGUGGGUGGUAUUCACGGUGCCAAGUUUACUCCCAGCGUUCGGCCAUUCCCAUACCGCAUUGGCACUGUCGUGCACCCGUCGCGCUCGCUUGAUGAGGGUGAGUUGUUCGCGCGUUCCCUCGAUGAAGACGAGCUGCUGGGGCGGUCUUUCGACGACGAGCUGUAUGCGCGCGCCGAGCAGCCCGCGGCUGGCAGCCAGGCGAUCAACUGGAAGCAAGUCGGCAAUGUGGCCGGCAAGGUGCUGUCCUUCAUAAAGCGCGAGGAACAGGACUUGCUCGCGCGGGAGAUCGAGGAUGAGCUGUAUGCGCGCUCCGACAUGGGACUAGAUGAGCUCGACUGA